AGUAUCCACUUUCCCUGGCACAUUUGUAAAUGUUCGAAGCGUGACUUUGCUAUGCGAGGCAGCUCUCCCCUGCUGCCGCCACCUCCACUGAAAGGAUCCUCACUGCGGUCCAGGGGAGACUUCAGUCGGCGUCGUUACAUCAUUACUGACAGCGCGAUUUCAUUUGUGCUUGUACGUUCUGACAAAUAGCCCGCUGAAAGCUUGGUGGUAUUUUUAUGGCCUGUGUCACCGUAGUCUCUGAGCGUUUCCUGGGCAUGUAUGGAUUUAUUCUCAGAACAUUCCUGUGAGGAGUAAGUCUGCAUCUGUAACCCUGGAUGUACUGACCCCUUGUCCCUGACUCGAGAGGAAUUGCUCCGCUUUGGAAUAUGGUGCCUAACUUCUGCGUCCCAGUAUUCGUCGUGCCAGCAGUAGUUCUGUGCUGCUUGAUGCCUUCGGCUGGGGCAGACAGCAAGCCAACCUUUAUGAAAGCUCCCGAAGAUCAGAUUGGGAUUUCUGGAGGCGUAGCCUCGUUUGUGUGCCAGGCAACUGGAGAGCCCAAACCUCGCAUCACAUGGAUGAAGAAAGGGAAGAAGGUCAGCUCCCAGCGCUUUGAGGUUAUUGAAUUUGAUGAUGGAUCGGGAUCGGUUCUCCGGAUUCAGCCGCUACGUGUUCACCGAGAUGAAGCCAUCUACGAGUGCACGGCGACCAACAGUGUUGGGGAGAUAAACACAAGUGCCAAAUUAACAGUGUUAGAAGAGGAUCACAUCCCCGCUGGCUUCCCCAUCAUCGACAUGGGCCCACAGCUGAAGGUGGUGGAGAAGGCCCGCACGGCCACGAUGCUCUGCGCCGCCAGCGGCAACCCAGACCCUGAGAUUUCCUGGUUCAAGGAUUUCCUCCCGGUGGAUACCGCCGUGAGCAAUGGGCGCAUCAAACAGCUCCGCUCAGGGGCUCUGCAGAUAGAGAACAGCGAGGAGUCGGACCAAGGCAAAUACGAGUGUGUCGCAACCAACAGCGCAGGAACCCGUUACUCUGCCCCGGCUAACCUUUACGUCCGAGUGCGGCGUGUGGCCCCUCGCUUCUCCAUCCCUCCAACCGACCACGAGGUGAUGCCUGGGGGGAGCGUGAACCUCACAUGCGUGGCGGUGGGAGCCCCGAUGCCCUACGUGAAGUGGAUGGCCGGCCUGGAGGAGCUGACCAAGGAAGACGAGAUGCCCGUCGGCCGCAACGUCCUGGAGCUGAACAACAUCAUGCACUCCGCCAACUACACCUGCGUGGCCAUCUCCUCUCUGGGCAUGAUCGAAGCCACGGCCCAGAUCGCCGUCAAAGCGCUGCCCAAGCCGCCUUCGGACCUGCUCGUCACAGAGACGACGGCCACCAGCGUGACCCUCACCUGGGACUCGGGCAACUCGGAGCCCAUCUUGUUCUACGUCAUCCAGUACAAGCCCCAGUCCUGGGAGGGCCCGUUCCAGGAGGUGGACGGCGUGGCGACCACUCGCUACAGCAUCGGCGGCCUCAGCCCCUUCUCCGAGUACGAGUUCCGCGUCCUGGCCGUCAACAACAUUGGCCGGGGCCCCCCCAGCGAGCUGGUGGAGGCGCGGACGGGCGAGCAGGCUCCCUCCAGCCCGCCCCUGAAGGUGCAGGCCCGGAUGCUGAGUGCCAGCACCAUGCUGGUGCAGUGGGAGCCGCCAGAGGAGCCCAACGGGCUGAUCCGCGGGUACCGCGUGUACUACACCACCGACCCCCACCUGUCCCUGAGCAUGUGGCAGAAGCACAACACUGACGACAGCCACCUCACCACGGUGGGCAGCCUCAUCACCGGGACCACCUACAGCAUCCGCGUCCUGGCCUUCACGUCCGUGGGGGAUGGGCCCCCCUCAGACAGCAUCCAGGUCAAAACCCAGCAGGGGGUUCCAGCGCAGCCGGCUGAUUUCCAGGCAGAGGCCGAGUCGGACACCCGGAUCCUGCUGACCUGGCUCCCCGCCUCGCAGGAGCGCAUCGUCAAGUACGAGCUGCUGUACAGGGAAGGAGAGGAUGGCGUCCAGCGCAAGGUGGAGUUCAACCCCAGCUCCUCGUACGCGGUGGAAGGCCUCAAGCCCGACACGCUGUACCACUUCCGGCUGGGCGCCCGCUCGGAGCUGGGCCUGGGCGUGUACACCCCGACCAUCGAGGCCAGGACUGCCCAAUCCACCCCCUCCGCCCCGCCCCAAGAGGUCGAGUGUGUAAGCACCAGCUCCACCACCAUCCGGGUAAGUUGGGUGCCGCCGCCGGCCCAGAGCCGCAAUGGGGUGAUCACGCAGUACUCCAUUGCGUACCAGGCGGUGGAAGGAGAGGACGGCGCCAAGCACGUGGUGGAAGGCAUUGGACGGGAGCGCUCCAGCUGGGAGAUCACGGACCUGGAGAAAUGGACCGAGUACAAGGUGUGGGUGCGGGCUCACACCGAUGUGGGCCCCGGCCCGGAGAGCCUCCCCGUGCACGUGCGCACUGACGAGGACGUGCCCAGCGCCCCGCCGCGGAAGGUGGAGGUGGAGUCCGUGAAUUCGACGGCCAUCCGGGUCAGCUGGAAACUGCCCCUGUCCAACAAGCAGCACGGGCAGAUCCGGGGCUACCAGGUGACUUACGUGAAGCUGGAAAGCAAUGAGCCGCGAGGGCAGCCGAUCAUCAAGGACGUCAUGUUAUCGGAGGCGCAGUGGAGGGCUGAGGACUCCGUGGACCACGAAACCAUCAUCAGUGGCCUGCUGCCCGAGACCACCUACUCCAUCACGGUUGCAGCCUACACCACCAAGGGGGAUGGCGCACGCAGCAAGCCCAAAGUCAUCACGACCACGGGGGCAGUCCCCGGCAAGCCCUCAAUGAUGAUCAGCACGACGGCCAUGAACACGGCGCUCAUGCAGUGGCACCCGCCCAAGGAGAUGGUGGGGGAGCUGCUGGGCUACCGGCUGCAGUACAAGCGGGUGGACGAGGAGAAGAUGAACACGAUCGACUUCGGGAGGAACGACCAUCACUACACCGUGACCAACCUACACAAGGGAGCCACCUACAUCUUCAAGCUGUCGGCCAAGAACCGGGCAGGCCUGGGGGAGGAGUUCGAGAAGGAGAUCACGACCACGGAGGACGUGCCCAGCGGCUUCCCACAGAACCUGCGCGUGGUGGGGCUCACCACCUCCACCACCGAGGUGGCCUGGGACCCCCCGGUGCUGGCCGAGAGGAACGGGCGCAUCGUCAGCUACACGGUGGUGUACAGAGACAUCAACAGCCAGCAGGACCUGACCAAUGUCACCAGGAACACCAACAUCACCCUCACCAACCUGAAGCCCGACACCACCUAUGACAUCAAAGUGAGGGCCCGCACCAGCAAGGGGCCUGGACCCCUCAGCCCCAGCAUCCAGUCCCGGACCAUGCCCGUUGAUCAAGUGUUUGCCAAGAACUUCCGCGUCAACGCGGCGAUGAAAACCUCCGUGCUGCUGAGCUGGGAGGUGCCGGACUCCUAUAAGUCUUCAGUGCCUUUCAAGAUCCUGUACAACAGCCAGAGCGUGGAGGUGGACGGCCACUCCAUGAAGAAGCUCAUCAGCGACCUCCAGCCGGACACGGAGUACUCCUUCGUGCUGAUGAACCGCGGCAGCAGCGCGGGCGGGCUCCAGCACCUCGUCUCCAUCCGCACAGCGCCCGACGUCCUGCAGAGCAAACCCGUCGCCACCAACAAGUACAUACAGGAUGGGAAGUUCACCCUCACCCUUCCCAAAGUCCAGACCUCAGAGCCUGUCAGGUGGUACUACAUUGUCGUGGUGCCAACAGACCAAGCCACCAGCAGCCUCACCACCCGCUGGCGGAGCCCCGAUGAGAUGGAGCUGGACCAGUUACUCGAGGCCAUCAACCAGGGGAGCCAGGGCAGGCGCCAGCGCCGCCAGGCCGAGCGCUUGAAGCCGUAUAUCGCUGCUCAAAUGGACCUCCUGCCAGAGACCUUCACUUUAGGGGACGAGAAGAACUACAAAGGCUUCUACAACAAGCCCCUCUCGGAAGACCUCAGCUACCGCUGCUUCGUGCUGGCCUCGCUGGAGGACGGGGAUACGAAGAGGUACGCCGCCAGCCCCUACUCAGACGAGAUCGUGAUGGAAGUGUCCUCGGCAAAGCACCAGGAUGAGCCUGAGAUGCUGUGGGUGAUGGGACCGGUCCUGGCCGUCAUCCUCAUCAUCAUCAUCGUCAUCGCCAUCCUGCUCUUCAAAAGCAAACAAGAAAGGAAAAGGGCUCACUCCCCCUCUUCCAAGGAUGAGCACUCGAUCGGCCUCAAGGACUCCCUGCUGGCCCACUCCUCCGACCCGGUGGAGAUGAGACGCCUCAAUUACCAGACCCCAGGCAUGCGCGACCACCCGCCCAUCCCCGUGACCGACCUGGCCGACAACAUCGACCGGCUCAAGGCCAACGAUGGACUGAAGUUCUCGCAGGAGUACGAGUCCAUCGACCCCGGGCAGCAGUUCACCUGGGAGAACUCCAACCUGGAAGUGAACAAGCCCAAGAACCGCUAUGCCAAUGUGAUCGCCUACGACCACUCGCGCGUCAUCCUGACCUCCAUCGACGGGGUGCCCGGCAGCGACUACAUCAACGCCAACUACAUCGACGGGUACCGGAAGCAGAACGCCUACAUUGCCACGCAGGGGCCCCUGCCGGAGACCCUCAGCGACUUCUGGCGGAUGGUGUGGGAGCAGAGGACGGCGACCAUAGUCAUGAUGACCAGGCUGGAGGAGAAGUCCAGGGUGAAGUGUGACCAGUACUGGCCAAGCCGAGGCACCGAAACCUACGGGAUGAUCCAGGUGACGCUGCUGGACACGGUCGAGCUGGCGACCUACAUGGUCCGGACCUUUGCCCUGUACAAGAACGGCUCCAGCGAGAAGCGAGAAUUGCGGCAGUUCCAGUUCAUGGCCUGGCCCGACCACGGGGUGCCGGAGUACCCCACGCCCAUCCUGGCCUUCCUGCGGCGGGUGAAGGCCUGCAACCCGCCUGACGCCGGGCCCAUGGUCGUCCACUGCAGUGCUGGCGUGGGCAGGACAGGGUGCUUCAUCGUCAUCGACGCCAUGCUGGAGCGGAUGAAGCACGAGAAGACAGUCGACAUCUACGGCCACGUGACGUGCAUGCGCUCGCAGCGGAACUACAUGGUGCAGACCGAGGACCAGUACAUCUUCAUCCACGAGGCCUUGCUGGAGGCAGCCACCUGUGGCAACACCGAGGUGCCCGCCCGCAACCUCUUCGCUCACAUCCAGAAGCUGACCCAGGUCCCGCCGGGCGAGAGCGUCACCGCGAUGGAGCUGGAAUUCAAGCUGCUGGCCAACUCUAAAGCACAUACCUCACGUUUCAUCAGUGCCAACCUUCCCUGCAACAAGUUCAAGAACCGCCUCGUGAACAUCAUGCCGUACGAGCUGACGAGAGUCUGCCUGCAGCCCAUCCGGGGCGUCGAGGGCUCCGACUACGUCAACGCCAGCUUCAUCGACGGCUACAGGCAGCAGAAAGCCUACAUCGCCACGCAGGGGCCGCUGGCGGAGACCACAGAGGACUUCUGGCGGAUGCUCUGGGAGCACAACUCCACCAUCGUGGUGAUGCUGACGAAGCUGCGUGAGAUGGGAAGGGAAAAGUGCCAUCAGUACUGGCCGGCAGAGCGCUCAGCCCGGUACCAGUACUUCGUGGUGGACCCCAUGGCAGAGUACAACAUGCCCCAGUACAUCCUCCGCGAGUUCAAGGUCACCGAUGCCAGGGAUGGCCAGUCGCGGACCAUCCGCCAGUUCCAGUUCACGGACUGGCCUGAGCAGGGAGUGCCAAAGACAGGGGAGGGCUUCAUCGACUUCAUCGGCCAAGUGCACAAGACCAAGGAGCAGUUUGGCCAGGACGGGCCCAUCACGGUGCACUGCAGCGCCGGGGUCGGCCGCACCGGGGUCUUCAUCACGCUGAGCAUUGUGCUGGAGCGGAUGCGCUACGAGGGCGUGGUGGACAUGUUCCAGACCGUGAAGACCCUGCGAACGCAGCGGCCCGCCAUGGUGCAGACAGAGGACCAGUACCAACUGUGCUACCGAGCGGCGCUGGAGUACCUGGGCAGCUUCGACCACUAUGCAACGUAACCGGGGCUUUCCUCCAGCCGCAGCGGGAGCGUCACGGCGCGGAGACGGGUCUUUCUGAGCCACAGUCACCAUCCUUCAGCCCUCCUGCACAGACAGCACUGCCGCGGGGCCGCAGCCCCACGACCGACCCAUUCUGACCACUGCAUUUAGGAACAUUGCCCCAGCGCGGAAGGAGGAGCCCUGGCUCCCACAGCGUCUCCAGGCUCCGGAUGAAUUCCCGUCCGCGCGCGUCUCAUCCCCUCUCACGUGGUUGCAUUUCACAGCGAGGCUUUGGGUGGAUGGAACGGGAUCGUUUUUUAUAUGUACGAUAGUUACUAGUGUUUUUAUAAUCCUUUCUCGCCGCCUUCCUUUUUUCUCUUGUCCUUUUUCUUUGUUAUUUUGCAAGUCUUAAUGUUUUGCCCCGGCCGAAUGGGAGCCGUGAGGCUGUCGGGCUUUUGAUUUACUCCUGCUUUACCGUCUGUACCUCCCCGGGGUGGGCCAGCCCCUGGCAGCGAUGGCGCCGCCUCUUCGUGCCCAGCUUCCUCAGCUCACAGCUCUGGACCUUCAUUCCCCAGCAGCUGCCUCUCCAUCCUCUGUGGGACGUGAGGAUCCAGAGAACCGGAGCUGAGCUACCGAUCACUUUUUAGCCUCGUUUCCCGCACCCCCCACCCGUGUUCCCCUUGAAAGUUGGGAAGGGGCUGGGAACCACGGGAGGCGCGGCCGUCGCAAGCCGGGAGCCAUUCGCUCCUAUUAAAGCGCGUGUGAAACCAGCCCGGCAGUGACCGUGUGUGUCGGCAGAUCCCGAUAGGACGUGAGUGGUCGUCGCUGUGUUUGUCAGCCCCGGGCUCCACGCUGGGCAGCCUCCAUCGUCUCGGCUCGCCGGGGAGGGGGUUGGAGGGCGAGCGGUGGCCUCGCAGCCAGAUGGGGGUCCCGAGGCCGAGACACGUCCCUUUCCGCGGGUGUGCGUGCAGGCGCUGCUCUGUUGCCGAGGCAGCUCUCACCGAUGAAGCAAAUCGAGGCAUCUUGCAAAGGGAAGGAGCGCAACGGGGCGGCUCCGGGGACCAGGGAGCUGGCGUGCUUCUGAGGCGGGGUGUAUCUAUCAUUUCUGCUAUCCUGCAAAUGUUUAAAAGUCAUUAGGAUCUUGUACUUUCCGCUACUUCAGGACGUUCUAAUGAACCAAUGUGGCAAGACUACUGGACUUAAUUUAAUGGUACUAUAUAUUAAUCCUCCUUAUUAUAUCACGCUUGCACUACAGGCGGGGAGAGGGCAGCCCUCUCCCGGGUGCAUAGAGCUACGCCGGCAGGUGGUGGAGGGGUAUCUACUUGUAUUAUCCGAUGUAUUCCGAAUGUAACGAAUCCGAGCUCCGCGGGGUCCGCGAUCCAGGGUGGUGGUGUUGGAGGCACAUUCAUUUUUACCUUGUGGAUGCAUAGUGCUGUAGGGGUCACUGUUGUAUACAGUCUGUUUUCUAUUUGUUAAUAAAAAAAAAAAAUCUACAGCAUCAUUGCAUAAUUCUUGAUGUUAAUAAAUUUGAAUAAUCGGGUUUCAUACA